CCCGCGGGGAGGGAGUGGCCGCUGGUGCCUGCUGCGCUCCGCCAGGGGGCGGAGGCUUCGUGCAGCAGCCGGCCGCUCCCGUCUUCAACGCCCUGCGGGUCCCGCAGCCAGCGCAGCGCAGCCCGAGCCGCGGCCGCUUGCUUGGCCAAGUCUUCCUCGCCCGCCCGCCCGCCAUGGCAGCCCCUGCCGUCGUCGGCUCCGAUGCCAGCUACAUCCGUACCGUCUUGGGCCAGCAGAUCUUGGGCGAGCUGGACAGCUCCACCCUGGCAUUGCCGGCGCGGCUUUCGGGCGGCCGAGCCGAGGCGCAGAAAUCCUACCGUCUCCAGCAGCAGGUCCAGCAGACCUUGGCCAGGAAGCACAGGGGCUCCUCGGUCAACGGGAGUCUACAUCGUGCCAUCAGUGUUCCAGAAUAUGUGUAUAAUCUAGAUGUGGUUGAAACAGACCUUUCUCCAAAAGCUUCUCUUGGUGCCUCAUACUAUCAGUCUAAACAGAUGGGCUCCCGAUUUCACUAUGAAAAUGGCUGGGAUCCAAGAAUCCAGCCAUAUCACUCAUACGGGACAAUGGAAGAGAAGUCUCAAAGGCUGCCCUUGAAGAGACUAGAGGUUUCACCUGACAGCAGCCCUGAGAAGCUGGCUUAUCUGCAGAAUGAAUUCCGUUACAGCAGGGGCCUCUCUCUAAGGCAUGGCGAUAGUUGGAGAUCCAGUGCCAUGCCACCGAGAUAUGCUCGUUCUGAGAUUGUUAAUACAAGCCACAUUACCCCAAGCAGAGGGUACAGCAUUCAAAGGCACUUCCACAUUGGGCCUGUUAAUGACACGGUGGUUGACAGUGUUCCUACCAGCCCGGGCGUGCCAGUGUAUCAGCGGAUUAGAAGCAGUCGGAGUAUGAACAACCUUUUGGAGAAAGAGAGUUACCCAACUUCUGGUUCUCCCAUGGGACAAGUCAAAUCUCCCAUCACUUCCCAAACUGGAUCUCAGCUCAGGCAGUCUUUGAGAUCCAGUUGGCAUCAGAGUACCUACAGGUCACAGAGCACCAGGGAGGCCUCCCAACCAGCUUCAGUCACCAGCACUACUGCCAACUUGAAUGAGAAGAGGAUGCCAAUGACAGCAGCUAUGGCAGCUGCAACCGGAAGCAGUCUCCUGCACCAAGAAAGGAUAGCCACCAGUGGGUUGCAGCUAGGGUCACAACUAUUGAAUUCAGAAGCGGAGAUGACUUUGGAGCAUGCAGUGAAUAUUCUGCAGACUGAAAAUGCCUUGUCUCCCCGAGUCCUUACAGCCAUUGUCUUCAUACAGCAUGAGAGCUUCCAGAGAGCAGAAGCCAGAAGGAAAUUUUAUUCGCUGCAUGGUAUUCCCAAGCUAAUCGAGCUUCUGAGUGUGCAGAAUGAGGACGUGCAGAGGGCAGCGUGUGGAGCAUUGAGGAACCUGGUAUAUGAAGACAAUGACAACAAGCUGGAGGUGUCAGAGCAGAAGGGGAUCUCCAUCCUCUUAAGGCUGUUGCGGCAAACCAAAGACGUGGAGACUAAAAAGCAAAUUACAGGUUUGUUAUGGAACCUGUCCUCCAAUGACCAGCUAAAGACCUUGCUGAUCCGAGAAGCGCUGCAGCCGCUGACAGAAACCGUUCUCAUCCCUUACUCUGGCUGGCCAGAUAGAGAUUAUCCAAAAUCUAGCAUCAUACCAGACCCUGACAUCUUUUACAAUGCUACAGGAUGCCUGAGAAACGUGAGCUCUGCUGGUCCCGAGGGGCGGAAAAAGAUGAGGGAAUGCAAUGGGUUAAUUGAGUCACUGGUGUAUUAUAUCCAAGGAACCACUGCAGAUCAUCAACCUGAUGACAAGGCCACAGAGAAUUGUGUGUGCAUUCUUCAUAAUCUCUCCUACCAAUUAGAAUCUGAGCUCCCUAGCAGUUAUGCCCAGAAUAUCUAUAUGCAAAGGAAAAAUGUUCCUUCCAGUGACAGCAGCAUCGGAUGCUUUGGGACACGGAGCAGAAAAGCCAAACAGAAGCAACAAGACUUGCCACUGCCGGAGGAAAAGAGCAAUCCCAGUGGCGUCGAAACCCUCUGGCAUUCCACUCUGAUAAGGAUAUAUUUGUCCUUAAUAGCAAAAAGCACAAGGAAUUACACUCAAGAAGCAUCACUGGGGGCUCUUCAGAACCUCACAGCUGGCAGUGGACCAAUGCCAUUUGGGGUAGCCCAUAUCAUUGUAAAGAAGGCCAACGGACUUCCAAGUAUCCAAAACAUGCUGCAUGUGAGCAAUCCAAGUGUUAGCAAAACUGCCGUCUCUCUGCUCAGGAACUUGUCUCGUAACACCUCAUUGCAGAAUGUAAUAGCCAGAGAAGUUUUGCACGAUUUGGUCGCCAUACUUCCAGAUUCUGUCCCAACAUCCGAUGUUGCCAGUGAGACUACAGCUUCUGUUUGCUACAUCCUAUAUAACUUGACUCAGAGCAGCUCCCAGAAUGCCCGGCUUCUCUUGAACUCAGGUGGCAUCUCAAAGAUUAUGAACAUCAGCCCAAGUGAUGGCAAAGCUGGCAAAGCUGCUUCAAUUCUCUUGUACUCUUUAUGGUCUCAUGCUGAUCUCCACAAUGCCUACAAAAAGGCUAACUUCAAGAAGACUGAUUUCAUCAACACCCGGACACUGAGAGCCUACAAUUCACUCAAAGACUGAAAAGCAGCCAGCAAUGACCUUAGAGACUGAUGACAUUGUAUGGAACUGUAUGCAGCCAACUUCUUGGCAUCAGACUCACCAGAAGGAGCAGUGCAGCAUCCACCAAGGGAUACCAAUUUUAAACUUUUAAACAGAUGACCAGAAAAAAGUGCUGUCCAUCUCCCCCAAACCAGCUGCCUUAUACCACUGAUUUUCACUCCUCUGAAACUCAUGACUCAUUGGUAAAUCCUGAAGCAACCCCAAGUUGAAACCUAAUGAACACUUUUAAUACACAGUUUGACCUUCACACCAAUGUCACAUAUUCUGUUGGCCCAGUUUUGGAUAAUAAGUCACAUAAUAUCUUAGUUUUGAUAUGCUGUUUUGUGAGAGAUGAAUAACCAAAGAAGAUAGGGUUAGAGAAUUCCUGUUGAAUCCUUUUUGUACAUUUCAUAUUUUGCUAAACAUACUACUGAUCUAUGCUUCAUGCAAAACUGCCUGUAGUCUAGCUUCACCUAUUUUUUGCACAUCUGUUGCAAAUGCAGGCAGCUUCUCUAUAAACUGCUUUUGAACAUGAAAUUGUCCAGGGUGUAAUUCUGCACUACCCUGAUCCAAUAGUAAUUGCCUCCUGUGUGCAUAUUUACUAGCUUACUUUUCUAGUGGUGUGGAAUGAAAUAAUGUAUUGAAGGAUAUGUUUUUAAAAUACAUACAAACUUGGGAUCA